GCACCGCUGCGUACCAACAACAAAUCAAGGCCAACUUCGCAGCAAAAACGUUUUUUUCUCCUGUAGCACUUUGCAGCUGUUGGACUACGGUGAGUCAAGCGUGUUCUACAAUCUGUUGUUUCGUCGGCCAAAUACAGAUCGUGCCGUACCCAUUCUGAAAUCUUGAUAAAACGCAUUUAUACUAUCGCCAAAAAAUGACUCUCGUCUGGGGCAUUAUUGCAUCGUUUCUGUACGUGGAGAUAUUUGUCGUGCUGCUGCUCGUUCUGCCACUCCGGAGCCCACAGCAAUGGCAUCGAUUUUUCAAAUCCCGCUUCCUGGCGAUGUUGAGCCGCCAGGCACAAACGUACUUCUAUCUGUUGCUGGCCGUGUUGGUUCUUUUUCUGCUGGAGGCCAUCCGUGAGAUGCGUAAAUAUUCGUCCAAUGAUCACACGCACACCGAAACACACCUGAACGUGGAGAUGCAACAUAGCAUGCGAUUGUUCCGGGCCCAGCGCAACUUUUACAUUUCCGGCUUUGCCAUCUUCCUGUCGCUGGUAAUCCGUCGCUUGGUUUCGCUCAUCAGUGGCCAGGCCGUACUGUUGGCACAGGCAGAAGCCUCGAUGAAGCAGGCACAAAGUGCAACCAGCGCUGCACGCACAUUGAUGAAUCAGCAGAAGGAUGACGAUAAGAAAACGGACGCCAAGGACAAGCCGGCUGGUGGUGAUGCUUCGAAUACCGAAGUGCUAAAGAAGAAGAUUACCGAGCUCGAGCAAGAGCUGGCCAAGGAGCGCAAGGAUAAGGAAGCGAUGAAAUCACAAUCGGAAAGCCUUAACCGGGAAUACGAUCGUCUAACAGAAGAGUACAGCAAACUGCAAAAGAAAAUUACCAUUCCUAGUGCAGAUAAGAGCGACUAA